AUGUCUCUCGUAGCUCAGGGCGGUAAGGAUCCAAAACCACCUCAGUUCUUUGCCUACUCCGCUAUGCCAUUUCCCACCGACGACGAUGAAUCUUCUCGUUCAACAUCUCCAUCGCCAGACCAUGCUACCGACAACAUACCAAAUCUCGGCUACCUCACCGAAUUACUUCUGGACUGCUUGAAGCGCCUUGAAAACUUGGAACGCGGAACCUGCAAGUACGAGCAACGGAUAGUCGAUUUGGAAGACGCCUCUGCUACCCUUCCUCCAGAUACCAACCAAGAUUCGCACAAGUUGCAAAAUUUGGCCUCUGAUAACGACGCACACCAAAGGGCUAUCACAUCAUUAGAGGGCCACGUACAACGCCUCGAAGAGAGCAUAGCGACUGUUCACAGCACCAUUUCGAAGACAUCUGACAGGCAUAACAACACUCUGAAGGAAGCGGAGACUCGGUUGUUUGCCGAUGUCGAGUCCAUCAUUUCUAUAAGGCUGAAGGCGACGAACGACAAGCUAUCUUCCAAUCAAAAAGAGGUGGAUACGCUCAUGAAUCUACAGGACGCUCUCAAGAAAGAAUCCAUCCAACUUUCCGAGAAAGUCGCGCAGACUGACGUAAUGCUAGAAUCACUGAAGACAUGGUCAAGCACCGUCUCUGAGCUCACGUCUCAUGUUUUGACCCUCCAAGCCCAGUACUCUGAACUCGAUCGUACCGUGGACGGUUUACACGACCAAGUGAGGGACGUCUCCUCUGAAUACCCUCAGAUGACUCUCCAAGACGAGCUGCAAGGCCUUCCGGACUCCCCUGCCGUUUUCACCGAUAGCAUAGGCGAAGACUUGGUGAAAGAAAGUGAUUACGCAUGCCACCAUGCACAUCACCCGACCACUAUCAAACAUUUCGCCAUAGUCUCUCUCUGGAUGAUCUCCUGGACGACGCGGCUCAGACGCCUCAACUCAACGCCUCUCUCGUGA